AUGGGGUGUCAGCGGAACGGUUUCAAGAAGGAAAGCUUCAUUUUGUCGGUGGACGUCGGGACAACAUCCAUCAGAUGUCAGGUCUACGACAAGGAGGCGAAAAUCCAAGGAGCAUGCACCGCCAAGGUUGUUCCCUUGUAUCCAGAGGUAGGGUAUGUGGAGAUGGACCCAGAUGCGAUAUGGAAAGGGUUUGUCACUGUGGUCAAAGGAGCUGUGCAAGAUGCAGGAGUCCAAAUGCAUCAGAUAGACGCCCUGGGCAUCUCCACUCAACGAGGCACCUUCACAACAUGGGACAGAAGAACUGGGGUUCCUUUCCAUAACUUCAUAAGCUGGCAGGAUCAGAGGGCUGCAGACCUGGUGAAAUCCUGGAACAGUUCCUGCACCUUGAAAGCAAUCAAAGGCAUGAUGAGGAUGCUCUACUUUAUGACCAGGCAGAAGCGGAUGCUUGCAGCAAGUCUUAUUACCUUCUCCACUCAACACGUCACCUUCCGCCUCGUCUGGGCCCUAACAAACUACAAGCAGGUUCGUCAAGCAGUAGCUGAAGGUAACUGCUGCUUUGGAACAAUAGACACCUGGCUCCUGUUCAAACUCACCAAAGGUGAGGUGCAUGCCACCGACUACUCUAAUGCCAGUUCAACAGGAAUUUUCGACCCCUAUCAGAUGUGCUGGAGUGGGUUUCUCAGCUCUCUUGUUUCUCUGCCUCUCUCUAUUUUUCCCAAAGUAGAAAACACAGGCCAGGACUUUGGUUCCACAGACCCGUCUAUCUUCGGAGUCUCCAUUCCUAUCAUGUCAGUGAUGGCGGACCAGCAGGCUGCCGUGUUUGGAGAGUGCUGCUUUGACGUUGGUGAUGUCAAAAUCACCAUGGGAACAGGCACCUUCGUGGACAUCAACACCGGAAGCAAACCACAUACAUCUGUAGCAGGUCUGUAUCCUCUGGUGGGUUGGAAGAUCGGCUCAGAGGUGGUGUAUCUGGCGGAGGGCAACGCAGCAGACACAGGCACUGCCAUCAAAUGGGCACAGGAGCUGGAGCUCUUCUCCGACGUCCGGGACACCAGCAGCAUGGCCUGCAGUGUCAGCGACUCAGAUGGAGUGUGUUUCGUUCCUUCCUUCAGUGGUCUGCAGGCUCCUCUGAAUGAUCCCAAAGCUUGCGCCUCCCUCAUGGGCCUCAAACCUACCACCACUAAAAGCCAUCUGGUCCGGGCCAUUCUGGAGUCUGUCGCCUUCAGGAACAAGCAGCUUUAUGACACGAUGCUGAGAGAAAACAUUCCCAUCACAAAGAUCAGGGUGGAUGGCGGCGUUUCCUCCAACGACUUUGUCAUGCAGCUGACUGCAAACCUGUUUGGCAGAAAGGUAGCCAGACCCCAAAACUGCGAAAUGUCGUGUCUAGGGGCUGCUUUCGUCGCUGGACUCGGAGUGGGCUUCUGGAAGACCAAGGAAGAGCUGAAGAAGCUGCAGACCACCGACGAGGCCUUCUUGCCCAAAGGAACCCCAAAAAGCGGUGCUCACAGCCCCAGUCAGGAAUACAUCCCUGUCCUCCAGAGCUGGGAGAGAGCUAUCCAACGCUCCAUGAAUUGGUAUAAGCCUUGAUACGGGGUGCACACACAAGGAGAUCAAGGGCUAGACUAAAGCAGAUGGUUUUUUGAAGAAAAUAAUGUUGUAAGUAGGGCUAUACCGAAUAGUUCGAAGCUUCAUUCAUAACGUUGACAUUCAAAUUCUAAAUCAACUGCGCAGCUUUCAUUUUGUGCAUGUCUACUCAUUCUGUUUAAACACAGUAUUUUUCCACAGUUGCAGAUACUAAUUUAGCUCCAUUCAUAAUAUUAUGAAUUAAUAUUAUUAUUAAACAUAUUUGUAGAAUUAGAUUCCUGUGGUGGCUGCGUAGGAUUGUUUCCAAUAACGCGUUGUUUCUGUCUUAGCAUAAUGUUGCUAUUUUUAUGCCCUUAUUGGAUUAGCCUGCUGCCUACAUGAGUGUACGUUGACAAAACUAACGAGCUUUAUUCAUUAGUUGAUUUAAUAAAAAAAAAAAAAAGACAUUUAUUCCAACAAAUUAUCUUAUUCAAAAAGAAAUGUAGGGU